AUGCUGGCAACCCUGGUGAGCGAGCCUUCCGUAAGCUCUCUGACGCCAGCCAUUGAUCGCAGCAACCUGCGCGUGAUUGAGCACCUGGCCAACUGGCUCGACGCUCUGGGUUUUGACACCGAACUGAUGCCCCUGCCUGAUGCCCCGCACAAAGCCAACCUUGUUGCGACCUUAGGCUCCGGAGAGGGCGGCCUGGUGCUCGCGGGGCACACUGAUACCGUGCCCUUCGACGAAACAAAAUGGCAAACCGAUCCGUUCACCAUGACCGAGAAAGACAACAGGCUGUACGGCCUUGGCGCCUGCGAUAUGAAAGGCUUUUUCCCAGUGGCAUUAGAAGCGGCCACCACCUUCAUUGAUAAAAAACUCACCGCACCGCUGACCAUUGUCGCCACCUCCGACGAAGAGUCUUCCAUGGCGGGUGCACGUUAUCUGGUCGAGGGCGGCAAACCCAAAGCCAGUUACGGCAUUAUUGGUGAGCCGACCGGGCUGAUGCCCGUGUACGCCCACAAAGGCAUCGCGUUUAUCUCAAUUAAGUUACAGGGUGCAUCCGGGCAUUCCUCUAAUCCGGACCUGGGCUGCAACGCGCUGGACUCCAUGCACAAGGUCAUGAGCGACCUGAUUGCGUUUCGCCAGGAACUGGCCAAUGACCACAUCAACCCCGCAUUUGAGGUGCAGGUACCGACAAUGAAUCUGGGCUGCAUGCACGCGGGGGACAGCCCCAAUCGCAUCUGCAGCCAUGCUGAAUUGCAGAUAGAUAUGCGCUUACUGCCCGGCAUGGAUACAAACGACACCAUUAAACGCCUGCAGGAACGUCUGCAGAAAGCCAUCGCCCAAUGUGGCACCGCGCUUACCGUCACGACCCAAUACCCGCCGGUACCGCCUUUUGAGUCCGAUCUGCAGGGUGACCUGGUGCAGACUUUAGCGACACACUCCGGCGUAGCACCUGGCACUGUCGCAUUUGGCACCGAAGGGCAUUUCCUGCAGAGUCUGGGUAUGGAAACUGUUGUGUGGGGACCUGGCAGCAUUGAUCAGGCACACCAGCCCAAUGAAUAUCUUGCACGUGAUCAGAUUGGUGCCGCACAAAUCGAGCUGGCGUUGCCCGAAUCUUUUUACCAUGGGCAUAGACGUGUCACCGACGAACUCGCGAUGUCGACCAUCACUGCAGUCAACGGACAGUUGCGCACCCGCCUGGAAGCGCUGUUUUCGACAGGCCUGCCCAACUCACCGCUGCACAAAGUCGACAUCCCCGUGAUUGCAGGUAAUUUCAUCACGGCACAACCCAUGGGCAUUCUGGAUGGCGUAGACCAUCUGUUCACGGGCAGCGUGAGACGCGUUGAGACCCGACGCAUCAGGAACAGCCUGGAUGGCGGCGCACUGAUCAUUCAAUCACCGGUGGGCUACUCUCCAUCAGGUCAGGUUUUUAAUCUGCCUGCGGAAGAGGUGGCCACAGAAAUUGCGAUCGCGUUACAGGCAGACAAGUUGAUUUUCUUUGAUGAAGUGGCACACCUGCGAGACGAGCAGGGAAAACGCAUCAGCACGGUGACGCCAGGCAGCCUGGACCAGGCCCUGGCCACUACGGAUGAUGCAAACGCAACACGACUGCGCUACCUGCAGCAAGCCGUUCGGCGCGGCGUGACUAAAUCGCACCUGGUACCUUUCACAGACGACGGCGCCCUUCUGGCGGAGCUGUUUACCGCUGAAGGCAUUGGCACACAGGUCGUUGAACAACAGCACAAAGGGGUGCGAGCAGCUACACGCGAAGAUGUUGCCGGCAUUGUUGAAGUCAUUCGGCCCCUGGAAGAAUCUGGUGCUCUGGUGCGUCGUGAACGCGAUCGACUGGAACAGGAAAUAGAUAAUUUUCUGGUUGCGGAACUGGACGGCAUCGUGGUCGGCUGUUGCGCGGUAUAUCCCUACGGCGCGCAGGCAGAACUCGCGUGUGUUGGCGUGCAUGAAAACUACCAGGCCGGCAAUGGCAUAGGCGCACGCCUGCUUGCAGCCGCUGAAGAAACCGCACGCAACAACAACGUAAACACCCUGUUUGUACUGACCACCCAGACAAGAAUACCCAUGGCGGACGAAAGACCGUAUUCAUCCAUUGUUGUUGAUGGCGUAGAACAAGCACCCAGCCGUGCGAUGCUGUAUCCGGUUGGCUUCACUGAAGAAGAUUUCAAGAAACCACAAAUCGGCAUCGCCUCGACCUGGUCAAUGGUCACCCCUUGUAACAUGCAUAUCAACGCACUCGCUGAUGAAGCCGUGAAAGGUGCUGAUGCUGCGGGUGCUAAAGCCGUGCUGUUCAACACAAUCACGGUAUCCGACGGUAUUUCCAUGGGCACACCAGGCAUGCGCUAUUCGUUAGCCUCCAGGGAAGUGAUCGCCGACAGCAUCGAAACCGUUGUUGGCGCACAGGGAUUUGAUGGGUUUGUUGCCAUAGGUGGCUGCGACAAAAAUAUGCCUGCCUGCGGCAUCGCGAUUGCUCGCAUGAAUCGACCCGCCGUUUUCGUUUACGGCGGCACCAUCAUGCCGGGCGCUGAACGGCGCGACGUGGUUUCGGUUUUCGAGGCGGUAGGACAGCACGCCGCUGGCAAUCUGUCUGACAUCAAGCUCAAAGAAAUUGAAUCAACUGCCAUUCCGGGGCCUGGUUCCUGUGGCGGCAUGUACACCGCUAAUACCAUGGCAUCGGCCAUGGAAGCGCUGGGUUUAUCGUUACCGAACAGCUCUGCACAAAACGCGAUCAGCGACGCAAAAAAACAAGACAGCUACAAUGCCGGAGCUGCGGUACGCAACCUGAUCAAGCUUGGCCUUAAACCCAGUGACAUGUUGAGCCGUGAAGCAUUCGAAAACGCCAUCACUGUCACCAUCGCUCUGGAAGGCUCCACCAACGCCGUAUUGCACCUGUUAGCUAUCGCACAUGCCGCCGGCAUUCCACUGGAACUGGAUGACUUCACCCGCGUGGGGGCACGGGUGCCUGUGCUCGCCGAUAUGAGGCCAGCGGGCGUUUACUCCAUGAGUGAACUCAUCGCUAUUGGUGGCAUACAGCCAUUAAUGAAAACGCUACUUAAUGAAGGUUUACUGCACGGCGACUGCAUGACUGUGACCGGUAAAACACUGGCAGAAAACCUUGCUGGGGUAGCUGACUAUCCGUCUGACCAGAAGAUCAUUCGGCCAAUGAACAACCCGAUCAAGAAAGACAGCCAUCUUGUUAUUCUGCGUGGCAACCUUGCACCGGAAGGCGCUGUUGCCAAAAUCACCGGCCACGAAGGCUUGAACUUUACAGGUAAAGCCCGGUGUUUCCAUGGUGAAGAGGCGGGCAUGGCAGCCAUUAUGGAUGGCACGGUGCAGGCGGGUGACGUUGUGAUUAUUCGUUACGAAGGCCCCAAAGGCGGACCAGGCAUGCGGGAAAUGUUGAGCCCCACCAGCGCCAUCAAUGGACGCGGCUUAUCUGACGAUGUUGCUUUACUGACUGAUGGUCGUUUUUCGGGCGGCUCCCGUGGCUUUGUUAUUGGCCACGUGACGCCAGAGGCGUUCGAAGGUGGUCCUAUCGCUCUGGUAGAAGACGGCGAUCAGAUCACUGUGGAUGCCGAAGCUAAAACCGUGAUCCUGCAUGUAGACGACGCCACUUUAGAAAAGCGAAAGAGCCAAUGGCAGCGACCUGCGCCUUAUACCACUCGUGGCACGUUGGCGAAGUACGCCAAGCUGGUGACCAGUGCGAGUGAAGGUGCGGUGACGGAUAAGUAUCUGGACUGA